UCACCCGACUCUCUCGCCGACCCGGCCAUCUAUUCCCCGGCACUCCCGUUUCUUUCUUUGUGAAAUAGGUACUCUGCGUGGAUGCUGGCCACUUGAAGGGCGACUGGAACGGUAUGAUGGUCGCGACGGGCACGGACGCCGGCACCAAGCUGGUGCACGUUGCGGCCAGCAUCUGCGACAAGGAGAACACCGACAACUACUCGUGGUUCCACAGGAUGAUGGAGAACAACGUCGACAUGGCGGAGGUACUCAACAGCCCGAAGACCACCCUCUUCACGGACAAGCACAAGUCGCACGAACCUGCCAUCACCCUUCACGCGCCCAACACUGUGUGGAGGUGGUGCCUUCGUCAUCACAUCAAAGCACUUCCCGAGGCCCCUGGACAGACUGUGACCCAUUGGCUCUACCACGCAGCCAGGGCGCCAACCCGCACCAAGUUCAUGGACACCAAGGUCGAGCCAACGAAGCCGAAAGCCUACGCCGCUCUAUUGAACCCGAACAAACCCCACGAACUUGUCAAGUGGACGCACCACGCUGGACCCACCGACACAGCCAUCGGGGGUGUCGUGUCGUCCAACGCGGCCGAGCAAAACAUGGUUAAAGUAGGCCUGCAGCGUGGGGAGGAAGUUGCCGCCCUACAUAUGGCCCAGCACAUCCUGGACAAGACCGCCUCCCGGAUGGCAGAAAGGGCUGAACUCGUCAACAGCGCCUCGCAGAGGUUUACCCCUUUCGCCGCUAAGGAGUUCGAGGCUCAGCGCGCGAAGUCCAGCAACCUGCACUCCAGCGCCACCGGGAACGGCAACUUCACUGUUCGCAAACUAGGCAGCAACUACGGUAACCGAGUGGGGCUGGAGUUCGGGACAGAUGGCGUGGUGACUCGCAUGACCUGCACGUGCGGCUACUAGACUCGAUUCAAGAUCCCGUG